AUGGAGGAAGAGGGCAACAACAUCAUGGAGGAAGAGGGGGCGACAGUGAUCCUAGGUUGUGCGUGGUGGCACUGCUCUGCACAGUGGCGCCAGAGCCGGGAGGCCGGCCGGGAGGAGGAAGGUGGUAGUGCGGGGUGGCGUGCGCAGCUCUCACGCCGGCGGUGGGAAAGGAGGAAGGCCACGACAACAGAGAAAGAAGAUUCCACUUGGGCACAUCGCUGCUAUUCUGUUGGGGCGUCAGUACGGUGCGGCUGGAUGUCGCGAUCGUGCUUGCAGUCCGGUGGCACAAGGCUCGUGGUCGGAUGUGCAAUGCAGUGCAGUGCUAUUCACCCUUCCGCAAUGCAGUUCGCCGGCAGAUGUGUUGACCCAUCGAAGAUCAACUGCACCCCCUCCCCCGACGGUGCCAUGCAGUCCAGUACGUGGGUGCACGCAGCACGCCCCACCGGUGCCGUGCAGUCCAAAGUGUGGGUGCAAGCAGCACACCACCCAUUCCCAAGCCCAUCUCUCUCCCUCCCCGCACACGCGCCAAGUGCUCUCUAUUUCUCACAAGUCGCUACAAUGGCGGACCAGAAGCUCGCCAAGCUGCGCGAGGCCGUCGCCUGA